CAGUGGCGCCGCGGUCCCCGGCCGGCAGGCAGCGCGAGAACGUAGCUACAGCUCCCGACCAGCCCCGGUAGCCGCCCGCGUGCCGGCACACCUAGCGCUCUGUCCCGACACCUGAGCGGGGUGGCGUCCAUGCAAUGAUCGCAAGUGGUCAGCCUACCAGACUACUUCGCUGCGUGCCGUCUCUAUUCUUUUCCCACAGUCUCCAAGUGCACACGGGGCUGUAGAGAUUUUGCAUUGCAGUUCGCGCUAAUGACCACUCAUAUAGUGAUAUAGUAGUUACGGAGCCGACUUCUUUCCGAAUGCCCAGAUAAAUAAUUUCUAACAGAGAUGUCUCGACGGUGGAUUUGAAAUUGAGAGCUAUUAGAAUGCCAUAAUUUGCUCGACUGUAAUAGUGACUGCUGUAUGUGUCACGUCCAUCAGACUGUCGAGGCCUAGAUCGUAUGAAAUUUAACAGUGCAGUGCGAGUGUCAAUUACUUAGGUCUGCGGAGAGCAGGUGAAAUCGUACAUCACAACACAGUUAUGACAAGCCAAGAACAAAACUACGCUGCCUCUUAAUUAGACAAAUUACUGGCUGUGUUACUUCCACCUUUGUAAGACUAUCACUGUUCCGAUAAACACAAGCCAACAGUACAAUUCGUCAAGGUCUAGGAAAACGGCUAUAUCAAUAGUGUUCUGUCGUUAGCGGUGUGCUGUAGUGAUUCACUGAAGACUAGCGUACUGACUGCGUAUUUGAAACCUUAACUGGAGAGAGAGACGUUCAGAUUAUUCAGUUAAGCUUCUGUAAAGUGGAAGGCUGCGCACUUGUUAUCUGUGACGGCUUUAAUAUUUCGAUGAACUUGUUGCAAGAGUCGGCUGCCUAAUCUCGAGCAAAGCUGCUGCAGCCAUUCUGUUUGUAGUGACUUUCGUAUUGGGACGUAUAGGAGACGGCGUAAUUGGUGAAAUACUGGGUUUUUGCUUCCGCUACUGAGAAAAAAACAUUGUUGAGAAAAUACAAGGUUAACAUUGUUAUAUAUCUGAGCUGGAAAGCUGCAGGUUUGAAAAAUAAUUUUGAGCUGAAGGUUGUAUUGGUUUCCAUAUUGGAUAUAUAUAAUACUGUCUGCAUUACUUAACCUGUUCGGAGGUUGCAGAAUUGCGAUAAACUCGUUAAGAGAGUCUAUACUCGACGUUCUAAGCAACUGUUGGACCAUCGGCAGCAGUACAAGAUGCUGACAUCUCCGGUUGCGUACUGGCUUCGUCGCAGCAGCUGUUUCUAGAGAAUGGCAUCGAGAUAAUACUAUCAAAAUUUCUCAUCCCUAUUUGGUGGAAAGCUGGCUGUGUUUCUUCGGCAAUUAUAAGACUGCAGUGAUUAGCUAAACGUUUCGCAAGAAUCGCCUACUGGAGGGAAAGUUAUAAUUUUAUAUGAUUUGCUCUGGACUGUCCUUCAGCGACUAUAAGACUGCAGUGAUUAGCUAAACGUUUCGCAAGAAUCGCUUACUGGAGGGAAAGUUACAAGAUUUGCUCUGGACUGUUGUGACGUCGUGUAGACUUGAGAAGACUGACUGCCUGUUGGAAGGAACGCUGUUGCGUCAGCUGUUUCUGAAACGACUGCGUUCAGAAGAAUUGUUCCUACAAGGUGGAAGGCUGCAGGUAUCACGUUUUGUUUCGAACUGAACGUAGAUAGUUUCGAGUGGAGAGGAAGAAAUAGAAAUAAAACAAGAGGAAUUAUUGUUUGUGUCGAGUUGGGAGAUGAUAAUCUGAAAUUGAGGUGUAUACGCAAGAGACAGUACAGGCGAGGAAGCAGGUACAGGAUGUAUACGUGAGUACAAUCGUUUGUAGGUGGUAACCGCUGACAGAGUUGGUGGUCGUGCAGAACGUACAGUGAACGGAAGUGCGCAGAUAUCGGGCGUAGUCGGCGGCAGUGAGAGCGGCAGGUACUGUGGCGGCGGGUGCGCGUCGCGAGGAUGUGACUGUGGCGGAGCGGGCGGCGUGAGCGGAGGAGAAGAUGCGGUCGCGGCUGCAGCUGCAAGUGGUGCUGGCGGUGCUGGCGGCGCCCGCGUGGGCGGCGCUGCUGGUGGCGGCGCCGGGGCCCGCGUGCGUGUGCUCGCCCGCCGAGUGCGAGCCGGUGGCGGCGGCCGAGUGCCCGGGCGGCGCGGGCACCGUGUGGGACGCCUGCGGCUGCUGCCGCGUGUGUGCGCGCGCCGAGGCGCAACCCUGCGGCGGGCCCUACGGCUUCUACGGCUCCUGCGGGCCCGGCCUGCUCUGCGUGCUCCAGCCGGGCCGGCCGCCGCUGCGCUCCGCCGACGGCGUCUGCACUCGCCCGCCGAGCCUGGACCCGCCGGCGGGCUGCCCCGGCGCGGCGGUGCGCGUGUCCGGCUGCAACGUGGUGGAGCGCCGCUGCCAGUGUGCGCUGGCGGCCGCCUGCCCCGGCGAGCGGCCCUUUGCCUACUCCUCGUACAGCGAGUGCCAGCUCAACCUCGACUACCUGCUGGCCAACGAGCUGGCCGAGGAACAGCAGGGCCUCGUCACUACAGAAUCGCCGGGCGACACAGCCACGCCUGGAGGAAGAUAACAGUUAAUGAACAUACCUGACCAUGACCGGGUAUUCGAAAACGGAGAGCGUAUAACCUAGAUUUGUGACCAUACACAUAGCAUUUGAACUUUGUAUAUAAGUUGUUACAAAUAAUAAAGUAUUUAUAAUACUUGUCUGACAUUAAAUUGCUUUCCGGCGAAUCCUGUAUUGCGAGACUAACGGAAAUAGCCACAUUUCAUUUAGCUAAUGAGAAAUAUAUUUAAUAAUCCAGAAUAAAUAUUAAUGAGAAUGUUAUUUUUUGUAUUCACAUGUAAUAUUGCUGGGAUUAAGUACUUUUUGUUAAUAAAGGCAUUACAAAUCGA